GUCCAUAUAAUGUGUUUUGUUUUGUGGAUAAGUUAGCUGUUAAUUCGAAACUUGUGCCUUAUGAAAUAAAGUGAAGGACAAGCGUUGUUGUACUUUAAGUCUGUCGUUAUGGAAUUUUAAUAAAUUUGCAUGGAAUAAGUUGUAAACAUUUUAGAAAAGUGAGUGAUCACAUUGUCAACAAAUCAGGAAGAACCAUGCCUGUUCCUUGCAGCACAAAGUGUGGUAAAAAUGCGAUUUUAAAGAGGCCCAAGACUGGUGAUGCUAUGUGCAAGGAGUGUUUCUUCUGGGCUUUUGAAACUGAAAUACAUCACACUAUUGUGGAGGGAAAGCUUUUCCAAAAGGGUCAAACUGUUGCCAUCGCAGCUUCUGGCGGCAAGGAUUCCACUGUUUUGGCUUACGUGUUGAAAACAUUAAACGAAAAACACCAAUAUGGUCUUAACUUGGUGUUGUUGUCUGUGGAUGAAGGAAUCACAGGUUAUAGAGAUGACAGCUUGGACACAGUAAAACAAAAUAGAGACGACUAUGAGAUGCCAUUGAAGAUUCUGUCUUAUGAAGAGCUGUACGGUUGGACGAUGGAUAAAAUAGUUGCUCAGAUUGGUCGUAAGAACAAUUGCACGUUCUGUGGUGUGUUCAGACGCCAGGCACUAGACCGUGGGGCUGCUCUGUUAGGUGUGGACUCAGUAGCCACUGGUCACAACGCUGAUGACCUGGCAGAGACUGUCCUCAUGAACAUUCUGAGAGGAGACAUCGCUCGGCUCCAGAGGUGCACGGCCAUUAUAACUGCAAGUGAAGGAGCUAUCCCUAGGGUGAAACCAUUGAAGUACACUUAUGAAAAGGAAAUAGUAAUGUACGCCUACUUCAAGAAGCUAGUGUACUUCUCAACAGAGUGUGUGUUUGCGCCUAACGCCUAUAGGGGACAUGCCAGAGCGUUCCUAAAGGAUUUAGAAAUGAUUCGGCCUUCCGCUAUAAUGGACAUUAUACAUUCUGGAGAGAAGUUGGCUGUGAGAGAGGGAGUAAAACUGCCAGACAGAGGUACAUGUACGAGGUGUGGGUUUGUCUCCAGUCAGCCUGUGUGUAAGGCUUGUACGCUGCUGGAGGGCCUCAACAAGGGGAUGCCCAAGCUCGGGAUUGGCAAGAGCAGCCUCGCCAAGCGGAUGAUUAAUGCCAAGACUGUUACUACUGACUUUUAGAAAACACUUGUGAUGGUCAACGCCUAGAAUUUCACGUAUCAAAUCCAAAUACUAAGAAAUCAAUCUACUGUGGAAAUCGGUGAGCACAAUCAUUCACUUUGUUUUGAAUCAACUGUAAAACUUAAAAUCUUCUCACAGAGAUCAUCUCCCACAAUCUCAACAACAUGUUUGAGUACCUAUUUCUUACGAUCACGGCAACAUAAUGAUAGUCUCCGUCUCCAGUGAGUGUAAUAUAAUUGUGAGAAUCUCAUUCUAAAUCCCCCAGUAAUUUUUUUUAAAUCAUGAUAUGCAAACAAUUUCCCUGAAUGAUGCCAAAGUUUUGUAUUUGGGAAAUUCCUUAUCAGCUACAAUUAUUAUCUUUUUACUAUCCUAAGGAACACACAGGCAUAAGUGGAUAUGAGAAGAGAAUAAACAUUCAAAUGGCUGGAUUUUGGCUUUUGAAUCUAUAGUACAGUGGAGUCCCGCACUCGAUAACCCGGCAGUCUGGAUAACUCGGCCAUCACCUGGCUCAGAAAGUUAGUGAUUUUUUUUGAGUACGAGUUAAACAUGGACUCAAGCCAGCUCAAGUCAAAUCAUUCUUAGCUCGUACAAAUGAUUUGUUGUACUAUAUCUGAUGACUUAAUGCUAACUUGUAAUAUAAAUAUAAAUAAAAGAGGUUGUUAAUAAGCUUAAAAAUUUUAUUGUUAUUAUUUUUAAAACUAGUUUCCGAUAACCCGGCAUUUCACAAACUCGGCACCCUUUCAGUCCACAUUAUGCCGAGUUUGCGGGACUCUACUGUACCUAUAUUUUUAAUUACUACUGAAGAUGGCAUUUAUUGCACGCUCAAGUUUUAUGUGUCAGACGAAGCCACGCAUAUGAGAGUCAUUUCCACAUACAAGGCAAAACAGAGGACAGUAAUGAUUGGAGCAAAAUAUACUCAGAUACAGAAUAACAGACCAAAAAAAAAAAAAUGACAACAAAUCCAGAGAAUCAAUAAAGAAACUGAUAGGAAAGGAAUAACUAUUUCUAAAUUGUACUGCAGCAAGAACACAUUCUUUAUUUUGUAUACUGUGUGAUCCUGUUCCUAAGUAAAUACCACUUGUAGAUAUAGUGUUUUAACCCAGAUUUUAUUUCAGACCUGUGACUAUAUUGUAAAAAUAAUGUUUUGCAGGAAGAUUGAAUUGGAAAUCAGUUAUUUAAGCCUAUCCAAUAUAGUUAUUCCAACAUUUUUGUUGUACAUCCCAAGUGUAAGUAAGAAAUUGUCCACAUUACUAUUAUUAUUUAAAUUUUUAUAUCAUAUCCGGCCACCCGUUGGUAAAAAAAAAGUGGUAGAAACUACCACAAUUAUGUCUAUGAUACUAUACAAAUUGGUUUGUUUUUCUGUAAAUAUGUAUAAAGUGUAUAAUUGUAAAUUUUUACCUUAAGAUCAAUAAAUAAUCUUGUAUAAAUGUAA